AUGACCCGCUACCGCAGAGCAUCUAAGAAAAGACCCAGCCAAUAUGAAGAUCUCAGUCGAUAUGAAGAUGUCCUGGGCCAACUGCCCAUGCUGCAGGUCUACACCCACAUCUUACUCCUUUUCUCCAUGCCCGAAGGCAUAACCCGUGACGACAUCGUAUCUGACCUGAUAUCGGCUGUCGCCAUGAUUCGUGAGAAGGUGCCAUGGAUGGCUGGAAAGGUGAUUAAUGUUGACAAAAGUCCCGGUAACUCGGGGAGAUAUGUCGUUGUGCCUUGUCCGGCUCCUGGCCGGCUUAUUGAGGUGAAAAACGUUUCGCGUGAGCUUCCACCGUAUCAGGUAAUUCAGCGAUUGAAGGCUCCGAACUACUUGCUGGACUCCGAUCUACUAGCACCCACUACGGCGUUCCCUCAGCGGUUCGAAGACUCAGAGGAGGAUCCCUCCCGUGUGAUCCGCCUUCAGGCGAACUUUGUCGAAGGGGGUGUACUUAUCGAUUUUGCGACACAACAUAAUAUGACGGACGGCGGGGGAGUAUUCGGCUUUGCCCGGCUCGUGGCUCAGGCUAUGCGAGGGGAGAACUUCUCCAGCGAUCUGCUGGAGAAGAUAAAUUGUGAUAGACGCAAUGUUGUUCCUCUUCUGCGUCCAGAUGAGCCGAUGCUAGACCAUAGUCAUUAUCUGCGCCCUCCCGGUACAGACGUGCAGCUUAUGGAGUGGCCAGAAUCAGCCCAGUGGCAUGUUGUACGCCUGGCCGCAGCUAAGGUGACUGAUCUCAAGACACAGGCUACUCCGCCGCCCGGAGAGUCAGAUCCAGAGGUGCUUUUCAUCACAGGCGACGACGCUAUCAGCGCGUUUUUCUGGAAGAAGCUCACCAUGAUGCGUCAGCGUCGCAAUACGCCUGAUACCCGAUCAAGGUUCUCGCGUGCUAUUGACGGCCGCAAAGUAAUGGGUGUUCCAGCCGAGUAUAUGGGCGACCUUGUUCAUAAUGUAGCGACUUGGCUGACCUUCGGUGAACUGAUCGACCUGCCACUGCACGCAAUAGCAUUGCACCUUCGCCGGGAAAUGAAUCGCGCAAAUACAGCGUACCAUGUACGAAGCUUCGCGACGUUUAUUGCACAACAGCCGGAUAAAUCGAUAAUCACAUAUGGUGGGGCCUUUAAUCCCGAUACAGAUGUAGGAAUGUCGUCGCUCUCGCGGGCAGAUAUCAUGCACCAUAAAUUUGGAAUACUCGGCCGCCCCGACUUCGUACGACGACCUAACUUCUCGGGAAACCUAUUACCCGGCCUGCUAUAUAUUUUACCAAUGCGGCCGGAAGGGGUUGUAGACAUGCUGGCUUGUUUGACCGAUGCUGAUAUGGAGGCAUUGAGACAUGAUCCGGAGUGGAAUCAAGUGGUUGAGUAUAUUGGAUGA